GCGCAGGCGCUCAUUUCCGCUCGAGGGAAGGAAGAGGAAGAGGGCAGGCUGGUGAUUGGAGGGGUCGGGUUUUCUUUUUUCUUCACCACGCCGGUCAGGUCGAUCGCCGGACGAUCGGUCGGCAGGUGAAGAAAGGAAGGGACGUAGCAGGGGAAGGAUUGGGAAGAGAGGAUUUCCAUUUCGCAUGACCGACCGUCGGCGUUGAGUCUCGUAUUAGAAAAAGAAGGAAUAGAGGAAAAAAAAAGAGAGGGGAAACGAAAGAAGGAAAGGGGAAAGCCGAUCUGUAAACCGCGUUUUGAAAGUUUCCCUUUUCCCUCUUGUUCUGCUCGAUUCCUUUUCCCUUUUGCAAAUUUUUUUGUACAUUCUUUUAUACAAAUAUAUAUUAUAUAUAUAUAUUUUUCGGGAUUUCUAGGGUUUUUCCUUUUGGGCGGGGAGGAAUGGCCCCUAAGCCAGGGUGGUUGGGAGUCUGGGCCUUCGUUUAUUUGUUAUUUUUCUUUUGGGGUGAGGGGUGGUUGGUUUGUUGGUGUGAGGAAGGGAGAAGGGAGAAUUCGGAUGCCAUUUUCUUCGGAACGGGGGUGAUCGCAUCGAGCUGCCGGAAAUGGCUGGUGCAGUCCACAUCAAUGUCGGAUCUCUUGUGUGGCUGGAGGACCCUGAAGUUGCUUGGAUAGAUGGGGAAGUGGUUGCAGUUGAUGGGCAAAAUGCAACGAUUAGUUGUAGCUCUGGGAAGACGGUUGUUGCCAAUGUGGCCAAUCUUUAUCCUCAAGAUACUGAAGCAUCACCAUGUGGUGUGGACGACAUGACAAAGUUGGCUUAUUUGCAUGAGCCAGGUGUUCUUCAGAACUUGAGAUCUAGAUAUGACAUGAAUGAAAUUUACACAUAUACUGGCAACAUAUUAAUCGCUGUCAACCCGUUUAGACGACUACCCCAUCUAUAUGACAGCCACAUGAUGGAACAAUAUAAAGGCGCAACCUUUGGUGAACUAAGUCCUCAUCCUUUUGCUGUUGCAGAUGCUGCAUAUAGGCUGAUGACCCAUGAGGGGAAAAGCCAGUCUAUUCUUGUGAGUGGUGAAAGUGGUGCAGGGAAGACAGAAAGCACAAAGAUGCUUAUGCGUUACCUUGCGUAUAUGGGUGGUACAUCUGCUGCAGAGGGUAGGACUGUGGAGCAGCAAGUGCUGGAGUCAAAUCCUGUUCUUGAAGCAUUUGGCAAUGCUAAGACUGUUAGGAAUAACAAUUCCAGUCGUUUUGGGAAGUUUGUUGAAAUUCAGUUUGACCAAAGGGGAAGAAUAUCUGGUGCUGCAGUCCGAACAUACUUGCUAGAAAGAUCCCGUGUUUGUCAAAUAUCUGAUCCCGAGAGAAAUUACCAUUGCUUCUAUAUGCUUUGUGCUGCACCACCUGAGGAUGUUGAGAAGUAUAAAGUGGCAAACCCAAGGACAUUCCAUUACCUCAAUCAGUCUAACUGUAUUGAGUUGGAUAGCAUGAACGAUGCCGAGGAGUAUCUGGCAACCAGAAGAGCCAUGGAAGUAGUGGGAAUUAGUCCUAUUGAGCAGGAUGCAAUUUUUCGAGUGGUGGCCUCUAUACUCCAUCUGGGCAAUAUUGAGUUUACUAAAGGGAACGAAUCUGACUCUUCUAUGCCUAAAGAUGAAAAGUCCUUGUUCCAUCUCAGGACAGCAGCUGAGCUUCUCAUGUGCGAUGUGAAGGCCCUUGAAGAUUCUCUAUGCAAACGUGUCAUUGUGACCCGUGAUGAGACUAUUACGAAAUCUCUUGACCCAAAUGCUGCAGCUCUCACACGUGAUGCAUUGGCAAAAGUUGUCUACUCACGUUUAUUUGAUUGGAUUGUGAAUAAGAUAAACUGUUCAAUAGGCCAGGAUCCAAAUUCAAAGUGCCUAAUUGGUGUGCUGGAUAUUUAUGGUUUCGAGAGCUUCAAAACAAACAGCUUUGAACAGUUUUGCAUUAAUUUGACAAAUGAGAAAUUACAGCAACAUUUCAAUCAGCAUGUGUUUAAGAUGGAGCAGGAGGAAUAUACGAAGGAAGAAAUCAAUUGGAGUUACAUUGAGUUCAUUGAUAAUCAAGAUGUGUUGGAUCUCAUUGAAAAGAAGCCUGGUGGUAUCAUUGCACUUCUAGAUGAAGCAUGCAUGUUUCCAAGAUCGACACAUGAAACUUUUGCCCAGAAGCUGUAUCAAACAUUUAAAAACCAUAAACGCUUCAGCAAGCCUAAACUGUCGCGUACAGAUUUUACUAUCUGCCAUUAUGCUGGUGAUGUUACAUAUCAGACAGAGUUAUUCCUAGACAAGAACAAAGAUUAUGUUGUUGCAGAACACCAAGCACUUCUGUGUGCUUCAAAAUGUUCCUUCGUUUCAGGCCUUUUCCCCCCUUCACCUGAAGAAUCUUCCAAAUCAUCAAAGUUUUCUUCAAUAGGUUCUCGGUUUAAGCAACAAUUGCAGUCAUUGCUUGAGACUCUUAGCUCUACUGAGCCACAUUACAUCCGUUGUAUUAAACCUAAUAACGUCCUUAAGCCAUCAAUCUUUGAGAACACUAAUGUCCUCCAACAACUUCGUUGCGGAGGAGUCUUGGAGGCCAUUAGAAUAAGCUGUGCUGGAUAUCCGACGAGAAGAACAUUUGAUGAAUUUGUUGAUCGCUUUGGCCUCCUCUCACCCGAUGUUUUGGAUGGAAGCUGUGAUGAGGUCACAGCAUCCAAGCGAUUGCUGGAUAAGGUGGGACUUCAGGGUUACCAGAUUGGGAAAACAAAAGUAUUCUUGAGGGCUGGCCAGAUGGCAGAACUAGAUGCGCGUAGGACAGAAGUCUUAGGUAGAGCAGCAGCUGUUAUCCAAAGAAAAGUUCGAUCAUAUAUGGCUCGUAGGAGUUUCAUUGCAUUGCGUCGUUCCACAAUAAAUAUGCAGGCUUUGUGGAGAGGAAGGACUGCUCGUAAACUGUAUGAGAGUAUGCGUAGAGAAGCCGCUGCCAUUAAAAUCCAGAAACAUGUCCGGAGGCACAUUGCAGUCAAUGCCUACAAGAAAAUGUUAUCUGCAGCUAUGGCUCUCCAGGCUGGAUUACGUGGCAUGGCUUCUCGUAAUGAGCUACGGUUCAGACGACAAACAAGAGCUGCAAUUAUCAUCCAGGCUCAAUGCCGUAAGUAUCUGGCUUCAUUGCAUUAUAGGAGGUUGAAGAAAGCUGCAAUCUCUACACAGUGUGCGUAUAGGGUAAGGAUGGCAAAGAAAGAACUACGGAAGCUCAAACUGGCUGCAAGAGAAACUGGUGCACUUCAAGCUGCUAAAAACAAAUUGGAAAAGCAGGUUGAAGAACUCACAUGGAGAUUGCAGCUGGAGAAACGGAUGCGAGCUGAUGUGGAGGAAGCCAAGGCACAGGAAACAGCUAAAUUGCAAGCUGCAUUGCAAGAUUUGCAAUUACAAGUCAAGGAAUCUAAAGCAUUGUUGUUAAAGGAACGUGAGGCUGCCAAAAAGCUGUCUGAGCAAGCUCCAGUAAUAAAAGAGGUCCCUGUUGUUGAUUCAGCUGUUGUGGAGAAACUUACUUCUGAAAAUGAAAAGCUCAAGGCCGUGGUGAAUUCUCUAGAAAAGAAGGUCGAUGAAGCUGAGAGAAAAUAUGAAGAAACACACAAACUUAGUGAGGAAAGGAAAAAAAUGGCUGAGGAAGCAGAAUCCAAGAUAAUUCAGUUGAAGUUUACUGUACAAAGGCUGGAAGAGAAACUCUCUACCAUGGAAUCUGAGGAUCAAAUUCUUCGGCAGCAGAGUUUGUUAAAUUCACCUGUCAAACGUAUGUCAGAGCAUUUGGCUAUUCCAGCAGCUCCUAAGAUUUUGGAGAAUGGACAUCAUGAGACUGAAAGCGUUAACGCUAAGAAUGAACUGCAGAGCACACCCCCUACUAAUAAAAUGCUUACGGAGUCGGAGAGCAAGUUAAGAAGAUCACAGCUUGAUAAGCAGCAUGAAAAUGUGGAUGCCUUAAUCAAAUGUGUGCAGCAAAAUAUUGGCUUUAGUCAUGGAAAGCCUGUUGCAGCAUUCAGUAUAUAUAAAUGUCUUCUCUACUGGAAAUCGUUUGAAGCUGAGAGAACAAGUGUUUUUGAUCGUCUUAUUCAGAUGUUUGGUGAAGCAAUUGAGAAUGAGGAAAGCAAUGAGUCUUUGGCCUAUUGGCUGUCAAACACAUCCACACUACUGUUCUUGCUACAAAAGAGCUUAAAACCAGCUGGUUCUGCUGGAGCUACGCCUCAGCGCAAGAAACCUCCUCCUGCAGUUUCAUUAUUUGGGAGGAUGACUCAGGGCUUCCGCUCUUCACCUUCCUCUGCAAACCUUUCAGUCUCACUGGAUGUUGUCCGUCAAGUUGAGGCCAAAUAUCCUGCUUUGCUUUUUAAGCAGCAGCUGACUGCUUAUGUGGAAAAGAUAUAUGGAAUUAUUCGGGACAAUCUGAAGAAGGAUUUGACUUCAUUGCUUUCACUAUGCAUCCAGGCACCUAGAACAUCAAGAGGGAGCAUGAUGAGAGCAUCCGGACGGUCUUUUGGUCAUAACACCCCUAGCAGUCACUGGCAGAGUAUUAUUGAUAGCUUAAAUGGACUUCUUAAAAUAUUUCAGGAGAACUUUGUGCCUCCAGUUCUCAUUCAGAAGACCUUUACGCAGAUAUUUUCCUUUAUCAAUGUACAGCUUUUCAACAGUCUUCUUUUGCGUCGUGAGUGUUGUUCGUUUGGCAAUGGAGAAUAUGUAAAAGCUGGUUUAGCUGAGCUGGAGCUCUGGUGUUGCCAGGCAAAAGAAGAGUACGCAGGAGCAUCGUGGGAUGAACUGAAGCACAUAAGACAGGCCGUGGGAUUCUUGGUCAUACAUCAGAAACCAAAGACAUCCUUUGAUGAAAUCACGCACGAUCUUUGCCCCGUCUUGAGUGUACAGCAGCUUUAUCGGAUCUGCACAUUAUACUGGGAUGACAAAUAUGGCACCUCUAGCGUAUCUCCAAGUGUUAUUUCUAGCAUGAGAGUCUUGAUGACGGAAGACUCCACCAACCCUGCGAGCAACGCCUUUCUGUUAGAUGAUAACUCCAGUAUUCCCUUCUCGGUGGAUGAUAUAUCAAACUCUCUUAACGAGAAAGACUUCUCAGAUGUCAAGCCUGCAGAAGAGCUUCUUGAGAACCCAGCCUUCCACUUUUUACAGGAUUGAUGCUGCCAGAUCUUGAAGCUUUCGUUACUUUCAGCGAUGUGUUAUUUGCUGUAGAAAUCACUGUUAGGAUGGCCCGUUUCCCAAAUUUCCUUCAUUUAAAUUCUUCUCAUGCUGUAAAAUUAUUCUUUGUAUCUAAGAUCAGUCCUUGAUGUAGAAUGUCGGGAGGGGACAGAUCUUUCCAGGAUGUAGGUAUUUUCCGCAGUUUUUAGCAUUCUUUGUAGGUAGAGGAAGUCAUAAUCAUCAUAGUUUUGGUGGUUGGAGCCAUUGAAGUCCUCCCCAUUUGAUUGUAAAGAAAUGGUCUUUUUUUUCAUUUUUGUAAAGGAUAAUUAUAUAUUUAUAGGAGAGUAUUUUGAUUUUUUGCUUUUUA